AUGUCGGCGCCGUCAUCUCCGCAAUUGGUGGAGGAGGACUCCGCUCCUUCGGCCACCACUACGCACAAGGGCGUGUCCGUCUUCCCAGUGGCGCGUGUUCAGCGCAUCAUCAAAGCGGACCGCGACGUGGACAUCUGCUCGAAGGAGGCGACGUUCCUCAUCAGCAUUGCCACCGAGAUCUUCAUCCGCAGACUCACCGACGAGGCCUACACAAACGCCAAGCUCGACAAGCGCAAGCACGUCUUCUACAAGGACCUUUCUCGCGCCGUCCAGCAAACCGAAUCGCUCGAGUUCUUGCGCGAUGCCAUCCCAACCGCCAUGCCCCUCUCCUCCGCCCUCGAAGCUCGCCAGACCAAACUCGCCCAAAAGCAAACCGAGGAAAACAUGAUCCUAGAAGGCACCCUCCAGGACGAAGACGACCCAGAAACAGAACAAGAACCAGAACCAGAAGCCGAGCCACAAGAUGAUCAUGACGACAACCAAGACGACGCCGAGGACCAAGAUGGUCACGACGACGACCAAGACCACAUGGACCAACAAGACGACGACGAAUAG